CGCACUCAAUUGGCACCAAUGCGGCUGUAAACAGCGAGGCCUGCAUCUCUCUGCGUCCUCCGUCGCCCACUGCGUCUCUCCAGCGCUGCCGCAGUCGCCGCGCGGCACCAUCCUCGAUCGUCCCGUCUCCCAACCUCCUCGACACUCCCGUCAUCACCGCGAUAGCCCCCCCAAUUUCUGCCCACCCACAACACCACAGCCCCCAGCCGGCGCCUGUCCAGACCACAGCUCAAUCUCCGGCCGCUUCCACCGAGCACAUAUAACCUCGUCCACUCUCCAACCUCCCGCACCCGCUCUCCUCUCUUCGACAUGUUCUUCAAACGCCGCAACUCCCGCUCCCGCGCCAACAGCUACAUCGACCAAGACCAGGACCAGUCGCCGCCGCGCUCAAAGGACAACAGCAACUACGACAGCUACGACAAGUACGACAGUCGUCCGGACUCGCAGCAUAACCAGCAGACCAACACUAGAGACAUUGCCUCGCCGCCCGAGAAGGACAUGUACUCCCGCCAGCAUCAACAGCAGCCCCAGGAGCCGUACCUGACAAACGGCGGCCACAACGCGCUGCCGCUGCACAACGGGCCGCCGCCGACCAUGAACGCAAAGGCAGAGCCGAUGCCCGACCUCCUCGCGCAAGCCUUCAACGCCGCCGUGCGCCCCUACACCGAGAAGAUCGACAACCUCGAAGCGCAAGUCGCAGACAUGCAAUCCUGGAUCGAGCAGAUGGAGCGCGAGCGAGCAGAACUACACGCAUGGAUCGACAAACGCGGACUGCGACCAGACGUCCCCCCAACCAUCGCCAAAAUCAUGGACGCCACCACCCCCGACGCACCCCUCACCCUCAACGGCCAACUGGACCGAAAAAUCACAAUCGUGAACUUCGACCUGCACCGCCUGCAAGACGACCUCAACGACUCCAUCUCCUCGGCCCACUUCGCCUCGGCUAUGCUCAAGUUCCUGCCCGACAUCGCCCGCCUUGCCAGCCUCCCUGGCGGCCCCAAGCUCGCCUUCGACCUCAUCCUCAAGCUCGGCGGCAACCUCAACUCCCACGGCGGCAUCGACCCCGGCGACCCCGAGGACCUGGCCGCGCGCCGCGACUUCUACGGCCGCCUGGACGGCGCCAUGGUCGAGUGUGUGGGGCGGCGCUUCCAGGAGGGCGAGGAGUGGGCCGUGGGCCGCGAGAUCAAGCGGAUCGAGAAGACGGCGGCGUAUCUCAAGGCCAUGGGCAUUGAGCCGUAUUUCGCGGCGACGCUGGAGCUGAUGCGGCGCGAGGUCGAGAUGGGCGGCGGGGGUGCGCUGCCGCAGCAGCAGCAGAACUUGAAUGGGUCGAGUCAUCGCAUCUCGACGCAGGGAGGGGCGGGGACGCCGCCGCGGUAUCAGUGAGACCUCCGAGACUAGAUGGGACGGCGAUCUCUCUCGAGUAACUUUCUUGUAUGUCGUAAUCAGGUUGGGUGGUUUUUUUUGCUUUGGAUGGGAGCCAGCGGAAUGGAUUGGACCAGCCACGCCAUACGGGUUUGGAUGGGUCCAGCGGAUCGAACCCGACUCCACCAGGCCUUGAUUAGGAGCGUAAAGCAGGGGACAAUGUGUAUGUCUGUUCCAAAGGGACUGGACACCGGGGGUAAUGACUUUGUACUGUACUUAAUAACGACACGAAUCUCCUUGCAGGAACGGGAAUGGAUCUCCUUUUGGGGAUUAAAAGUAGAUAGCGAGCUCUGCAAAAUACAGCUGGGGCACUUCACUUCACUUC